AGGCGAUCCCGCGUCCGACCUCUCCCCUGAACUCUAGAAUCCUGGGUCCAGUUGUCUCCUCAUCUCUCAUCUGGAACGUCUAACAGGCAUCUCCCCCUACAUAUGUCCAAAAGGGACUUCCUGAACUCCCCCCAAAUGUGUUUUCUGCAGUCCUGACAUCUCAGGAUUGACUUCUAAAGACUCAUGUUAGAUGAAGAAGAAGCCCAGAAGAGGAGGAAGAGGAAGGAAAACCAGUCAAGAAUGGCUUCGACUCAGGGACAUUUGACAUUCAGGGAUGUGGCCAUAGAAUUCUCUCAGGAAGAGUGGAAAUGCCUGGACGCUGCUCAGAGGGCUUUAUACAGGGCCGUGAUGUUGGAGAACUACAGGAACCUGGUGUCCCUGGGAAUCUCUCUUUCUGACCUGAGUGUUAUCUCCAUGUUGGAACAAGGGAAAGAGCCCUGGACUGUGGAGAGUAAAGUAAAAACAGCAAGAAACCCACAUGGGGGGGAAUGGAUGACAGGUGUGAACUCAGGGAGAAGCUAUACAUUGGGAGAUGAUGCAGAAAACAAUCCUGUUAACAAUGGAUGUGGAUUAAGCUUUCAGCUAUAUCUGCCAGAAAUGCAGCUAUUUCAAGCUGAAGGGAAAACUCAUGAAUGUAAUCAAGUUGAAAAGUAUAUCAACCAUAUUUCCUCAUUUUCACCACUUCAAAACAUUCCUUCUGUCAAAACCCACAUUUUUAAUAAAUAUAGGAUUGAUUUUGUUGAUUCUCCAUUACUCACACUAGAACAGAAAGCAUACAUUAGGGAAAAACCUUACAGAUGUAAUGAGUGUGGCAAAGCCUUUAGUGUAUCUUCAAGCCUUACUAACCAUAGAGUGAUCCAUAAUGGUGAGAAACCUCCCAAAUGUAAAGAGUGUGGCAAGAUCUUCAGGCACAAUUCAAACCUUGUACGACAUCGGAGAAUUCAUACGGGAGAGAAACGUUACAAAUGUAAUGAAUGUGACAAAGUCUUCAGAUACAAUUCACAACUUGCAGAACAUCAGAGAAUUCAUACUGGAGAGAAACCUUACAAAUGUAAUGAAUGUGGAAAAGCCUUCAAUCGAGUUUCACUCCUUUCACAACAUCGUAUAAUUCACACUGGAGAGAAGCCAUACAAAUGUAACGAAUGUGGCAAGGUCUUCAGUCGAGUUUCACUCCUUGCACAGCAUCAGAGAAUUCAUACUGGAGAGAAACCUUACAAAUGUAACGAAUGUGGCAAGGUCUUCAGUCAAGUUUCAAGUCUUGCUCGUCAUCGAAUAAUUCAUACUGGAGAGAAACCUUACAAAUGUAAUGAAUGUGAAAAGGCCUUCAGCCACAAUUCAAAACUUGAAGAACAUUGGAGAAUUCAUACUGGAGAGAAACCUUACAAAUGUAAUGAAUGUGGCAAGGUCUUCAGUCGAGAUUCACGUCUUACUCGACAUCGGAGAAUUCAUACUGGAGAGAAACCUUACAAAUGUAAUGAAUGUGACAAGGUUUUCAAUCAAAUUUCACACCUUGCUAGACAUCGGAGAAUUCACACUGUAGAGAAACCUUACAAAUGUAAUGAAUGUGGCAAAGUCUUCAGAUACAGUUCAUAUCUUACAGAACAUCAGAGAAUUCAUACAGGAGAGAAACCUUACAAAUGUAAUGAAUGUGGAAAAGCCUUCAAUCGAGUUUCACUCCUUGCACAACAUCAGAGAGUUCAUACUGGAGAGAAACCUUACAAAUGUAACAAAUGUGGCAAGGUCUUCAAUCAAGUUUCAAGUCUUGCUCGACAUUGGGGAAUUCAUACUGGAGAGAAACCUUACAAAUCUAAUGAUUGUGGCAAAAUCUUCAAUGAAGUUUUACACCUUGCACAACAUUGGACUGUUCAUACUGGAUAGACACCCUACAAAUGUAAUUAAUGUAGCAAGGUCUCAGGCAAGAGAUAUCCUGUACAGUUCAUCAGAAAAUUCAUACUGGAGGGAAAUCUUACAAAUGAAUGAAUGUGGUAAGGACUUCAGUCACAAUUCACACCUUGCAAAACAUCUGAAAAUUCAUUCAUGACUGAGACCUUACAAUUUCAGUGAGUAUGGCAAAUUCUACAUCAUAAGUAAUAGCAUUUUUUUUUUUUUUUGAGGCAGAGUCUCACUCUUUCACCCUGGCUAGAGUGCCAUGGCGUCAGCCUAGC